AAUGACUAGUGUGACGUGUUGUUUAUAUGCAUUAGAACUUUCCAACUGCAAAAUAACAAAAAAUAAUUAAACAAAAACUUUACAACUAUGAAGUUUUAUUACCUAGUGAUAUUAAUGGCGCUUUUGCCAUUGGCGAUGGCCAAGAAAUCUAAGGAGAAACCUGACUGGGCUAAGAAGGAUAUACGUGAUUUUACAGAUGCCGAUAUGGAGCGGCUUCUAGAUCAAUGGGAGGAAGAUGAAGAACCAUUGGAACCCGAUGAGUUACCUGAACAUUUGCGACCACAACCACAGUUGGACCUAUCCAAAUUGAACACAGCCAAUCCUGAGGAAUUGUUGAAAGUCUCGAAAAAGGGCCGGACCCUUAUGACUUUUGUCUCCGUCGAUGGCAAUCCGACACGCGAAGAAGCUGAGACCUUAACAAAAUUAUGGCAAACCAGUCUGUGGAAUAAUCACAUACAAGCCGAACGAUACAUGGUCGAUGAUGAUAGAGCCAUAUUCCUGUUUAAAGAUGGUUCACAGGCCUGGGAGGCAAAGGACUAUUUGGUGCAACAGGAACGUUGUAAGGGCGUGACAAUUGAAAAUAAAGAAUAUCCCGGAGAGUACUCCAAGAAAGACGAAUUAUAGAGGGGAUAAGCAGCUAAGAAAUACCUCAAGACAUUUGUAAAUUUUUUUCCAAUCUCAUGCAUUUUUCGCCAAUAGUAUUUAGUUAUUUUGUAAAAAAGAAAGUAGUAUUUUAUGUGAAUAAAACAUAUGAACAAA